AUGACACCUUUGAAACAUCGUGUCUCUCUGCAAGGCACUUCCUCUCUCUACGGGAGUCACAGUGCUGCUCACCCAAAGGUGCGCUUCGACCAGCCUGACCAUCCUGUCUAUGCUCAUUAUCUUGCAGCUUUUAUGUUCGCCGCAUAUAUCUUGUCGGCAAACAUUAUCUUCCGGUUGUCGCAGUCGUCGUAUGAUUGUUUCCCCGCUGCAGCGCCGAAUACUCUAUUCACCCCUAAGCAGAUCAUGUUGAUGCUCGUCGAGGUCGGCUUCAUUGUCGCCGCCAGCCUUGAGACCUUCAGCAAUGAUACUUUCGAGGGCCUGAGCAGCCAUACGUGGAUGGACGCGGCGCUCUUCGCUGUCGCGACAUCGGUCGAUCUCAUAUUGACAGGCGCUCUCCUGUUCAUACUAAGAAGUAAUCAAACACGGUUCCAACGGACCAAGACUAUAUUAGACACCCUGUCGCUAUAUGCUGUCAUCGCCACUGGUAUUAACACGUAUUUAUCCCUCUUUUUAAGCCGUUUCAUCCACAACAAGUGA